ACCUAACAUUAUACCAUGUGUCUUAAAUGAACGGUAAAUCUACACUUAUUAACAUUUAUUACAAGGUGUAUUAAUGUUAAAUAAUUAAUAAUGUCUCGAUUAAUAGUAAAAAAUUUACCAAAAAGUGUGACAGAAUCUAAACUAAGAGAACUUUUUAGUGAAAAAGGUCUUGUAACCGAUGUACAAUUGAAAUAUACAAAAGAUGGAAAGUUUAGGCAUUUUUGUUUUAUUGGAUUCAAAACAGAAGAAGAGGCAUUAAAAGCACGUACAUAUUUUGAUAAAACUUGUAUCGAUACAUGUCGAAUAUCUGUUGAUCAAUGUGCUGGUUUAGGUGAUCCAUCAAAACCAAAAUCUUGGAGUAAAUAUGCCAUAGAUAGUUCUUACAACAAGCAGCCAAGCGAUAAAACUAAAAUUAAUACUAAUGAUGGAGAUGUUAAAACAGUAAAUAGUAAUGAAAAUGAAAAUCUUAAGAAGACAAACACGAAAAAAAAGAAUAAUAAAGAACAGUCUACAGAAGUUAAAGAGGCAAUUGCAAAGCACAAAGAUGAUCCAUUGUUCAUGGAAUUUCUUGAAAGUCAUGCAGUAGCAGGUUCAAAAAAAGUUUGGAUUAAUGAUGCAGUAAUUGAUACUAUAGCAAAUCAAAAUAAUAAUGACAAAAAUAGUGAAAAUGAUGAUACUGCAGACAAAAGUGAUGAAGAAAAAAAGGAAGAAGAAGAAAGUAAGAAGGAAAAAAUCGCAAAUAGAGUUAUAUCAGAUUUAGAAUAUAUGGAAGCAUUAAAAAAGAAAACACAAAUUACUAACAAGGAAGAAGUGUCAGUAACAAAGCAUGGACCUGCAAAAUUUUUUACAGUAAAAUUACGAGGAUUAGCAUAUAAUCAUAAAAAGAAACACAUAAAGCAAUUUCUUCAACCUUUAAAACCGAAAUCUAUACGUAUACCACCUAAAAUCAAAGGGAUAGCCUACAUUGGAUUUAAAACAGAACAGCAUAUGAGAAAGGCAUUAUUAAAAAAUAAAAGUUUUUUAGAUGGGAGACAGAUAUUUCUGGCAAAGUAUGAAGAAAACUUAGAAACUAAGGAAGAUCAAAAUAUAGAAAUUAAUGACUGUAAUGUUAAAUGGAAAAAGCAAGAAGAAUCAUUAAAAAAUGAAGAAAGCAUAGCAGAAUCUGGAAGAAUGUUUGUACGAAAUCUUACUUAUACUACAACAGAGGAUGACAUUAGACAAUUAUUUGAAAAAUAUGGUCCCUUAACUGAAGUGAACUUACCUGUAGACCGAACUACUAGGAAACCAAAAGGUUUUGGUACAGUAACGUUUUUAAUGCCUGAACAUGCUAUUAGAGCUUAUUCUGAAUUAGAUGGUUCUAUCCUAAAUGGUAGAAUGUUACAUUUACUUCCAGGCAAAACAAAAUCCUCUUUAAUGGAUCAUCUUGAUCAAGAAAAUUUAUCUUAUAAACAAAAGAAAGAUUUAAAAAAUAAAAUUACUGCAAAUUCAUCUCACAAUUGGAAUACAUUAUUUCUGGGACAAAAUGCUGUUGCAGAAACAAUAGCAGCGACGUACAACACAAGUAAACAACAUGUACUAGAAGAUGAAUCAAAAAGCAUGAGUGCUGCUGUCAAAUUAGCAUUGGGCGAAACACAACUAGUACAGGAAACAAGAAAAUUUUUGGAAGAAAAUGAAGUUUGUUUGGAUGCAUUUAAUCAACCACCAGAAAAAAGAUCAAAAACCAUUAUUCUCGUAAAAAAUUUGCCGUCUGGUACACUAGCUAAGGAUAUUUACAACAUGUUUGCUCAACAUGGAGAACUUGGAAGAAUUGUUAUGCCACCAUCAGGAAUAACAGCUUUAGUGGAAUUUUUAGAACCAUCAGAAGCACGUAAAGCAUUUACAAAACUAGCAUAUACCAAAUUCAAACAUUUACCACUGUAUCUAGAAUGGGCACCAGAUAAUAGCUUCAUAAAUAAACUUAGUAAAUCGGAUCAAAGUAAAAGUAAAAAUGAUUUAAAAAAUAAAUUGGAAGAAGCACCUGUAGAAACGAAAGGAGUAGGAAAAGAAGAUGAAUUAAAUAAAAACCAAGAUAAAAACAAAGAAAUAGAGAAUGAAAAUGACGAUGAGCCGGAGCCAGAUACAACUAUUUUUGUAAAAAAUCUGAACUUUUCAACUUCAGAAAGUACAUUGAAAGAGUAUUUUUCUAAAUGUGGCCCUAUUCAUUAUGCCAUGAUAGCAACUAAAAAAGAUGUAAAAAAUCCUGGUACAAAAUUAUCCAUGGGUUAUGGUUUUGUAAGAUAUAAAUAUAAAUUUGAUGCAAAUCGUGCUUUAAAAACGUUACAAAUGACAGUACUUGAUGAUAAAACUUUGGAAUUAAAAAGAUCCGAGAGAAUAUUGACAUCCGAAGUUAAAACUGCAAAAAAAUCAUCCAAAGUAACUCCACAAACAGGAACGAAAAUCUUAGUUAGAAAUGUACCAUUCCAAGCAACAAUCCAAGAAAUGACGGAAUUAUUUAAAGCAUUUGGCGAAUUAAAAGCAGUAAGAUUACCAAAAAAAUUGAUUGGUGCUGAAAAACAUAGAGGAUUCGGUUUUGUAGAAUAUUAUACAAAAAGCGAAGCGAAGAAAGCCUUCCAAGCGCUAUGUCAGAGUACUCAUUUAUACGGUCGAAGAUUAGUAUUAGAAUGGGCUCAGACAGAGGAGGGUAUUGAAGAAAUUAGAAAAAGAACUGCUAAACAUUUUCACGAAGAGAGUUCGUCGAAAAAGAGUAAAAAAUCAGUUUUGGAUCCUGAAAUGGUCGGAUUAGAAACGGAAUGAAUGAUUUCAUUCUAUUCAUCAAUAUGUGCAGUUUGUUGGAUAAUAUGAUAACCGGCCUCGAAGACAACAAGAUAUUCAUGGAAGACAGCCAGAAAGAAAUAUCUUCCUUUCACCUCUCCCAGUUGAAGUACGAGCAAAGACCUAUGCCGAUGGAAUGAAAAUGCGG